UAGAAGCCGAUAGCGUCCUCCUCCUCUUCACCGCCGCCGCUGCGAUUUCGCCCUCCGGGAAAGACGACAAACAUGACACAAGCGGACAUUUGUCGACCUUACUCCGACUAAAAAACAGGAAGCAGCAACCCGGGCCAAGAGACGAGACGGACGGCUUCUGCGAGCCCGCCACCUGGACGCUGUCGCACCUGUGACUUUGGGAGACAACGCGGACAUGAUGUCCUCCAGUGAUGACGUUCGAGGGGAAGGAUCUUUGUUUUCUGAUCAGAACCCGUCCGAACUGGAUGCUCUGUGUCCCUCCCCUCCAGGACCGUCCAGACCACAGCGAGACUACGAGAGGAUUGGAACACGGACCGGAACCUCUUUUGGUCAGACUCUGAUCCACCUGCUGAAGGGGAACAUCGGCACGGGCCUGCUGGGGCUGCCCUUGGCUGUCAAGAAUGCAGGACUUGUGCUGGGACCUAUCAGCCUGCUGUGCAUGGGUGUCAUCGCAGUGCACUGCAUGAGGGUGCUGGUGGACUGCUCACACCAUCUCAGUGCCAAGAUGAACCGACAAUCUCUGAGCUACGGGGAGGCGGUCCAGUACGGCAUGGAGAAUGUGUCCUGGCUCAGGAGGCACUCGCACUGGGGAAAACGGACCGUCAACUUGUUCCUCAUCAUCACCCAGCUGGGCUUCUGCUGCGUCUACUUUGUCUUCCUCAGUGACAAUGUCAAGCAGGUGGUGGAAGCAGCCAACGCCACCACCUUCAGCUGCCAGAUCAACAACACCAACCAGACCCAGGUCCUGGUCCCCAGCUUCGACUCCCGCCUCUACAUGCUGUGUUUCCUGCCCGCCUUCAUCCUGCUGGUCUUCACCCCCAACCUGAAGUACCUGGCGCCCCUCUCUCUCAUCGCCAACCUGGUCAUGGCUGCCAGUCUGGUCCUCAUCUACUUCUACUCCAUCAUGCACAUCAAAUACCCCAUCAACCUGCCAAGUGUGGGCCGGGCCAAAGACUACCCGCUCUUCUUCGGGACGGCCAUCUUCGCCUUUGAAGGGAUUGGAGUGGUCCUUCCCUUGGAGAACAAGAUGCACAGGCCUCAGAGCUUCCCCCUGGUUCUUUACCUGGGAAUGGGCAUCGUCACCUUCCUCUACAUCAGCCUGGGCACCGUCGGGUAUUUGUGCUUCGGCGCGGACAUCGGCGGCAGUAUCACCCUCAACCUGCCCAACUGCUGGACCUACCAGGGCGUCAAGCUUCUCUACUGCUUUGGCAUCUUCAUCACCUUCGCCCUGCAGUUCUACGUUCCUGCCGAGAUCCUCAUCCCGCCGCUCGUGGCUCGGGUGUCCGAGAGGUGGGAGACGCCCGUGGACCUGAUGCUCCGCACAGUCCUGGUCCUCUUCACAUGCGCCCUGGCCAUCCUGGUCCCGGAGCUGGACCUGGUGAUCUCGCUGGUGGGCUCGGUCAGCAGCAGCUUCCUGGCGCUCAUCUUCCCGCCCAUCCUUCAGAUCCUGACCCUGCACGGCGAGGGCCCGUCGCCGGCCGCCACGGCCAAGAACCUGGUCAUCAGCCUGCUGGGCCUGGUGGGCUUCAUGACGGGGACCUACGUGGCCGUGGAGCAGAUCGUCGCCCGCAACGCCCUCAAGCGGGAGGAGCCGCUGGCCGCCUUCGCACUCCAAUGAUGGCAGGACCGAUUACCCUUUUUUCCGGAACCCGUGUUUUUAGUGACGGGCGUGGCCAUGGUGUCUGUUGUCACGCACUGCUCAGUCCUUCAGGUAGGUGCUCGCUCCUCUUUGACUACCUCAACAGUCUCGCUGACGACACGCCCAAACUUCUCCUGCCCACGUUUCAGUUGCACUUUGAUGGAACGCCUUACGCACUGAAAACUUCUAAAGUCUUUGGCUGUGUCUCAUUUCGCACGCUUGCACACUUCCACUUAGUCCCUUCGUGUGUUCCCACAUCUUGGUUAGAAGUGAAAUAUUGCCAUCAUCAUUCCCAGUACCGACUACUACUUUUCUCCUACGCUUUGAACCCUGCGGCUUAUAAAACGGUUCGGCUAAUUAAACAUUUUUUUUCGUUUUAAAAAGACUUAAAAGGUGCUGCUUUGCUCUUCUGUCCGGACCAGGGGUCUCAAACUCAAAUCACCUGGGGGCCGAUUUAGGUACGGUCUGGGUCACAAGGUAUUCACUUCAGAACCACGUUUUCACCAACUGACUACUACUGUUGUGACCCAUUAUGGAUGUGAAAAUGUUAUAUUCUGGAACUGCUUGCUUACAGGAAGUUGCUCUUUGUGUGUUGGAUAAAUAUAUUUAACUGUUUAAGGGCCACAAUCGCAGUAAACAACCAAGUUAAGUUGAGGUCCCACAAAAUAUGGGCCAGCAGGCUGCAAAUUCCUCUGCGGGCCGCGAGUUCGAGACCCCUGGUCUAGACGGAGCUUUGAACCGGAAGUGCAAGUGCCAUUCCUUCGUACUCGGGAGGGAUUCUGCACUCAUCACUGACGAGGCUAAUUAAUAUGUUCCUAAAAGUCCACAAAUUAGGCGCGGCGUCGUAUGAAGCCCAGACCCGAAAUUCGGGUCGAUACAUUUGUACAAAAUAAACACGGUUCGCAUUUUAGAUUGCACACAAACGAGAUUCAAGAUACCGUAAAAUCCAAGCCAUAAGCCUCUACUUUUUUCCCUACGCUUUGAACCCUGCGGCUUAUAAAACGGUUCGGCUAAUUAAACAUUUUUUUUUCGUUUUAAAAAGACUUAAAAGGUGCUGCUUUGCUCUUCUGUCCGGACCAGGGGUCUCAAACUCAAAUCACCUGGGGGCCGAUUUAGGUACGGUCUGGGUCACAAGGUAUUCACUUCAGAACCACGUUUUCACCAACUGACUACUACUGUUGUGACCCAUUAUGGAUGUGAAAAUGUUAUAUUCUGGAACUGCUUGCUUACAGGAAGUUGCUCUUUGUGUGUUGGAUAAAUAUAUUUAACUGUUUAAGGGCCACAAUCGCAGUAAACAACCAAGUUAAGUUGAGGUCCCACAAAAUAUGGGCCAGCAGGCUGCAAAUUCCUCUGCGGGCCGCGAGUUCGAGACCCCUGGUCUAGACGGAGCUUUGAACCGGAAGUACAAGUGCCAUUCCUUCGUACUCGGGAGGGAUUCUGCACUCAUCACUGACGAGGCUAAUUAAUAUGUUCCUAAAAGUCCACAAAUUAGGCGCGGCGUCGUAUGAAGCCCAGACCCGAAAUUGCGGUCGAUACAUUUGUACAAAAUAAAAACGGUUCGCAUUUUUAGAUUGCAUCGUCGACCCUGCACACAAACGAGAUUCAAGAUACCGUAAAAUCCAAGCCAUAAGCCUCUACUUUUUCCCUACGCUUUGAACCCUGCGGCUUAUAAAACGGUUCGGCUAAUUAAACAUUUUUUUUCGUUUUAAAAAGACUUAAAAGGUGCUGAUUUGCUCUUCUGUCUGGACCAGGGGUCUCAAACUCAAAUCACCCUGGGGGCCGAUUUAGGUACGGUCUGGGUGAUGGUGGUCCCCACUUCAGAACCACGUUUUCACCAACUGACUACUACUGUUGUGACCCAUUAUGGAUGUGAAAAUGUUAUAUUCCGGAACUGCUUGCUUACAGGAAGUUGCUCUUUGUGUGUUGGAUAAAUAUAUUUAACUGUUUAAGGGCCACAAUCGCAGUAAACAACCAAGUUAAGUUGAGGUCCCACAAAAUAUGGGCCAGCAGGCUGCAAAUUCCUCUGCGGGCCGCGAGUUCGAGACCCCUGGUCUAGACGGAGCUUUGAACCGGAAGUGCAAGUGCCAUUCCUUCGUACUCGGGAGGGAUUCUGCACUCAUCACUGACGAGGCUAAUUAAUAUGUUCCUAAAAGUCCACAAAUUAGGCGCGGCGUCGUAUGAAGCCCAGACCCGAAAUUCGGGUCGAUACAUUUGUACAAAAUAAACACGGUUCGCAUUUUAGAUUGCACACAAACGACAUUCAAGAUACCGUAAAAUCCAAGCCAUAAGCCUCUACUUUUUUCCUACGCUUUGAACCCUGCGGCUUAUAAAACGGUUCGGCUAAUUAAACACUUUUUUUCGUUUUAAAAAGACUUAAAAGGUGCUGCUUUGCUCUUCUGUCCGGACCAGGGGUCUCAAACUCAAAUCACCUGGGGGCCGAUUUAGGUACGGUCUGGGUCACAAGGUAUUCACUUCAGAACCACGUUUUCACCAACUGACUACUACUCUUGUGACCCAUUAUGGAUGUGAAAAUGUUAUAUUCUGGAACUGCUUGCUUACAGGAAGUUGCUCUUUGUGUGUUGGAUAAAUAUAUUUAACUGUUUAAGGGCCACAAUCGCAGUAAACAACCAAGUUAAGUUGAGGGCCACAAAAUAUGGGCCAGCAGGCUGCAAAUUCCUCUGCGGGCCGCGAGUUCGAGACCCCUGGUCUAGACGGAGCUUUGAACCGGAAGUGCAAGUGCCAUUCCUUCGUACUCGGGAGGGAUUCUGCACUCAUCACUGACGAGGCUAAUUAAUAUGUUCCUAAAAGUCCACAAAUUAGGCGCGGCGUCGUAUGAAGCCCAGACCCGAAAUUCGGGUCGAUACAUUUGUACAAAAUAAAAGCGGUUAGCAUUUUAGAUUGCACACAAACGACAUUCAAGAUACCGUAAAAUCCAAGCCAUAAGCCUCUACUUUUUUCCUACGCUUUGAACCCUGCGGCUUAUAAAACGGAGCGGCUGACUUAUGGAUUUUUCUUACUAAAAAAAACACAAACAAAAUACACUUUUGGAUGAGUUCAGAACCCUUCUUUUUCGAGGCUUGAAAUGGAAAGUGGAAGUGCCGUUCCGUCUUCCGGCCGUCCGUCGCGUUACUACACGUAUGGAUUCUUCAUUCAUCGCCCCAAUGCAUCAAUUGUACGUUUUACAAUAUAACUAAAACAAUUCUUACUUGUGUGGUGUCUGUAGGAGUGUUUUCACGCUUGUUUCCACGUGCUAUUACAAUGUGAUCAAGCUAGCGUCAUUCGCAUUAGCUAACAUGCUAAUGAGUGUGUGUGUGUUAGUGUUAUUAACUCACGACGGCAUUCUUUUUGUAUUGAUUCACUUUCACCAAUUCCUCGGUAAAUUCACCAAAACGUCAGCGUGGAGUUAUUGAGUCUCAUGACCAUGACUUCUGUUUUGUUUGAUCAGCCGUUUUACUGCCGUGUUACAGACACCGUUUGUACAUAAUUAAGGUAUGUAAAUAAAUAUUUCCAUGUAAAUAACUCAUUUCACAACGUAUAUAUCUGCGGCUUAUAGUCCAGCGCGACUUAUAUAUGGAAUACAUGUUUUUCCGACAGUGAAUAAUCAGGGGCGGCACGACCCGGGCCUUCAGGAACUAAGUAGACAGUGUCUUUGUUUAAGUGUACUAUUUGCGACACAGCCCCCAGCGUCUUGUAACGUGGUCUUUUCACCACAGGCAUAAGGAAAAUAAACGGAAUUUGUCACGAGCAGUUCAAGUUUUGAAGGUUUUGUUACAAUUUUUUUGGAAUUUUGCCUAUCACUCACAAUCCUUAUGUAAGACAAGAACACAUGUUUUAGUUUUUUUUAUGCAUUCUAAAUUGUAAAUGUAAUAUAUACAUGAUGUAAGUAUGUAUGUCAUGUAGUAACAUUCAUAACAACAUGUAAUAUAUACAUGAUGUAAGUAUAUAUGUAGUAUCUAGUAACAUUCAUAAUAACAUGUAAUAUAUACAUGAUGUAAGUAUAUAUGUAGUAUCUAGUAAGAUUCAUAAUAACAUGUAAUAUAUACAUGAUGUAAGUAUACAUGUAGUAUCUAGUAACAUUCAUAACAACAUGUAAUAUAUACAUGAUGUAAGUAUAUAUGUCAUGUAGUAACAUUCAUAAUAACAUGUAAUAUAUACAUUCAUAAUAACAUGUAAUAUAUACAUGAUGUAAGUAUAUAUG